AUGGAUGGAGAAAUGCCCCAGCAAGCUCGUCUGUCGAGGUUCUCGAACUUUCAAUAUAUCACGAGAGGUCACCCCUCAUCGAAUACAUGCCCCCGUGAUGAUUGCCAAGAUACAAAUGGGAUAGCGUCUUUGCCAGGACCUAUGGCGGUCAGAGAUCUCGAAGCCACUUCGCAAACUGGACCGAUGGAUGCAUACAACAUUAUCAAGCCUAAGCAGGCUUUAUAUACGACGUCAAUUGGGCUAUCACGAAGACAUACACUUUCAUCUCCAGAAAGAUUCAAUCCGGUCACUAAGCGGAAAAGAACGUACAUCCAGUCCUGCUAUCCUGAUUUAGAAUCCAGACAUCCCUUCUCUCGCAUAAAAAUAACAAAAAAUUCUCUGCAUCUUACCAAGAUGCACACGCCUAGCCAAAGAGUCAACCUUCUGGACUUACCUUCAGAGCUACUGGCAAACAUUGUCGUCUUUGUUAUCGAAUCGCCCCCAUCCGGAGAACAGAAUUUCUUAUCAAAAACUGCUUUUGCACAAGCGCCACCGGCUCGUCGAUGGACUCUUGACACGACACCUCACCGUGAAGAUAGUAUCUUUGACAUUAUUGCUAUUUUAAACAUGGAUAAUCGGGACAACCGCUAUGAGACACCUCAAAAUAGAGAGGAAGCCUUCUACCCUAGUAGGAUGCUCAAUUCGCUAGCAAGUACUUGCCAGAAACUGAGAAAGCUUGUUAGGUUGAAGGAGUGGGAUGCACGAUUUUGGCGGCCAGCUGCAAGGCUCUAUUACCAUUUGACCUACUACCCCAAAGUUUUACCCGAUAGCCUGGAUCUCAUCCAGGGUUUCCUGCCUAUAAACCAAACAUCAUGGAGAAACUUUUUGACUUGUACCGUUCAUUACAUCGAUACUAGACGAAGGGGGGUGGAGAGCUUUGGAACAAAGGCUGGUUGCAACCCUGUUAUUACAUGGAGAGAUUACCAGGCUGAGGUGAGCAGAAGCCAUGAGUCUUCGUACCAACACCGGAGUCUCAUUAUGCUAUGUCGGCAACCUGGACCUGAUCUUUUUGACAUUUCGUGGGAUGCUGCUACCGGGCGAUACACGCUCGCAAUGGGCCUAAACGGGGGCAAAUCAUACGCCUCAGUUGACGGGAGGGGUUUCUUUACUCGAGGCGAGACCCUCAGACCAGACCUCAUUCGGAGCCGUCGGGGCUUAUUUCCAGCAGAUAUUCUCGAAGUUAAAAACGACCGAUUCGGUAUUGUCAAAAUCGGAGCAAGGGGCUUGAGUUCUGUGGCCAGUUCCCCACGCCCCCAGAGUAAUCGCCUCGAUCGAACCUUUCAGGAUGUGCUACGUUGGGAUCUGUCGUGCGUACCUGAGGUACUUGGGGACGAAAAGGCAAGAAUAGCAAGGUGUGCUUCGUGGGGUGGGUAUCUUUGUUUUACUCUGUUUAAGCAGAACUUUGCGGACCCAACAGCGCCUUUUCUUGAUCCGGAAGAAGAUAGCAUGGUCUACUGUAUCAAAGCAAUAUCUACCACGGGUUCAAUUAACCACAAUCCCUAUGUAGACAAUUAUCGCAGUGAGCUCCUUUGGUCUCAUGAUUUCAGAACGCCCGCCCAAACAACAGAGGAUGGGAGGACGCUCGAACCCGCCGUCUGCCAAAUUGCCCUCUCAAAAUCAUAUGCAGCAAUACUCCUACGUUGGAACAGCGCCUCUGUUUUCAAGCGUAUUGUUAAUGAUAAACGACAACUAUAUAUCAUCGACCUUCAAACGCAAAAUGUAGUUCGUUGUUUCAACCUCCCGGCGUUCAGAUGGGACUUUCGGCACACCGAUAUGGGGGACGAGUACAAGCAGAUCCGACUCGAGAAACUAGGCGCAUUGUAUGACGACACGAAGGCGGUUCAUCGAGCAACCCGGGUCCAUGAUGAUAAACUUACCCUACUGGAAUAUGAUUCUCCCGGAAGCCCGGAGCGUCCGCUAGCCAAAAUUAUAACUGGAAGCCACGACUAUUGCAAUUGGGUAUGGGACCUCAGUCAAGAGUCUGAUAACGAGCCGUCCAUAGUCCUGGAUGAUUUUUAUUGGGAUACGGACACCAACGGGCAGUCUGGGCAACAGCAUGCCCCGAAGGGAAACAAAUGGAGCAAGUUCAAAGAAAGAGCUGGAUGGUGGUGUUCUACCCCAAAUCAGGUGCUAGACUUUUGGCAUGACUUUUCUGUCACACCAGACGGCAGAUUUUUUGCCGCCAUACGAGCCGGUCGGACCUUUAUAUGGGAUUUGAAUGAGAAAAGGCCUACGAUCAGAGGUUAUACAUCCGAGCCCAGAGACGAAGAUAUAGCCUCAACCUCAUGUGAAACGGUCAAGUCACUUGAGCGUUAUCUCGGUCGUCCGACUGAAGCAUGCGACCAUCGUCACGGGCAUGCAUUCCUACGUUGGUUCGAAUUCAGGAACAGGGUCCCCGAGCAAGGGCUAUGGAUGGUAUUUGAUGAUUGGUCGGUUGUAUACCUUGACCGGAACGAUAUUCUUGAGGCAUGCGGUCUAGCACAACGGGAGUGGCUAUUUUCAGAAGACGACUUUGAGUCAAUUAAUUCGAGUCUGCACAUGGCGGGGUUAAUCACCAUAGAUGACGGGGAGGAGGACGAAGAUACAGAAAGAUAA